GCGAACGCGAAACUCCAAGAGCGGUGCAAACGACGGAGUGAACGUAAACGCGCUCGGGCAGUGCGCGCAGCGGACAGUGCAGCGGGCGAGCGAGCGAGCGAGCGUUGCUACGCCGGGUUUGUGGAUUUUGCCGAUUUUUGCGCGGCUAUCAGCGGAGAGCGCCCUACUCUCUCGGCGGCGCGUGAAAGCGGUGCUUCGUGAGUGACGCCCCUAAGCACGAUCACGCCUCGCGCGCGUAUCUCUCGUCGCGCUGUUUCGCUCCGUCUAUUUCUCCUCUCUCUCUCUUACGAAAACACGAGAGCUUUCUUUCUCUCUCGCACGCUCGCUCCGAUCUGUCAUCCUUUCUCGCGUUCUCUCUCCCCCCCCCCUUCGCGCGCUCAGGAUCCGCGUGUUCGUCUCUCUUUUCCCGUCGCGGUACGUUCGAUAAUCGUACACUCGCAGACAAACGACACAGCGAUCACGACACGCCGCGCCGGUGUGACGUCCGUCGCGACACUCUCUGACGUUUUUGCCUUCGAUCGCGGCCGCGUCGCGUGUGCACCACCAGUUGCGUGUUGCGUAACUUGCAUUUUACAGCAGCCCGCCGCCUCUCGCGCGGGUGCAUCGGCCCUCCUUCUGUCCUCCCUCCCGCGCGCCCCGUCCUCGCCACUCCGAGCCCACGCCACUCCACUCCACGCUCCACGCCGAGGAGUUCGGGCUCUACGGAACCUUGGGGAUCUGACGUUUCGAGCGCACGACUUCGCUUUGCAGCAUCCCGCGGAAGACGUGAUAGUAGCGCGGCGAACGCGCGGCCGAAGAGGCGGAAGUGCCCGUUGACCAUGGCGGCGGGAACGUGCCAAUUCGCCUGAGGGGACAGAGUAUCCGCAGAAAUCCGCAAGGAUGGUGCUGGUGGUGGGCGGGGUGGUCCUGCAGGAAGAGAUUCCUGCGGACAGCAGGUCCUUGUACGCGGCCCAUCCGGUGUAUCGCGAGAGCGCCGCGCAGCUGCACUCGAUGCCGGCGAAGCUCGUGGGCCCGGUGGGCCUCCUCUACGUCCAACAACGAGAAAUGGCUGCGACGCUGCCGCACGACAAAAACGUGAGCAUCCUCGGUUCGGACGACAUGACCACAUGCAUAAUCGUCGUCGUCAGGCAUUCCGGCUCGGGCGCCGCCGCUCUGGCGCACCUUGACGGGUCCGGAACGGAAGAUGCUGCGGCGGCAAUGAUCCAGAGGGUAACGGAACUUGCCCUCGGAUAUCCCGAAGGUCGCCUGGAGCUGCAGUUGGUCGGCGGCUACUCCGAUCCGAGAAACUACUCCGAGGAAUUAUUCUACAAUAUACUUUCCGCAUUUCACAAGCAACCGGUGGAGAUCGAUCUAACGCUGUGCUGCGUGGGCGAGCUGAAUACCACCGUGAGAGGUGGGAUUCAUUGGCCGUUGAUCUACGGCAUCGGGCUGAACGUGAAGACGGGCGAGAUCUUUCCCGCGACUUUCCCCGACAAAGGCCCAGACCAGGCGCUGAGGUGCGCCAGACAAUUGACCGGGGGUCAGCAGGUUUUGGACAUAUACGAUUGCGCUCUGGGAUUACUUAGAAUCGGCCCGUUCAACUACGAUCCCCUGCGUGGCGUGGAUCUCUGGCUGGCGCAAACCGAUCAGUUCAUCCUGCAGCAUCUGUCCACGUCACCGGAAGUGGAGCAACCACACUUCGUAUCGCAGGUGCGGGCGACGCUCAAGUACAUCCAAGACAAUCAAUUUCCGGCCGUCACCGUCUUCCGAGAUAACAGACCUCAUUACUACCGUCGGGACGAAACCACCGGUGUCUGGCAGCCGAUGCGAUACUAAAGGGUUCGACAAGCCGCGUAUUCGAUUAGGGGCUUGCCGAUGAACGGUUGUUCGACGAAAAUUUUCGAGCGACACGAAAUAUUAAUAUUAAAUUCGCGGACCGACGAAGCGUACGGAGCAGGACGAUCAGUUAGUCGAAUUUGGUGCUGCGCCUUCUGGAGAUCGCGGUGUCUACGCCGGAGUUGUUUAAGUCCUAAUGAGCCUGUUUAAGAAAAAAAAAAAAAAAAAAAAGAUCGACUCGCAUUUACGAUUUGGCGAGCAAAUUGCGGAAGUCGGCGUGCAAUAAUUGCAGCCCUCGUCGGCUGGCAAUUAUCUGUGAUCGACGAGAAAAGGACGUCCGAUCGGGAGGAAGCCGUGGGAUCGUGUAUCGAUCGAAGCGGUCGUAAUCGGCGCGUUGGUCGAUGCCUUAAGGCCUGCUCACACCGGAAGACGUCUCGCGAGCCGUCUUUGAAAGCCAAGAUGCGGAUUUGGAUGCAUUGCCGAAUGCGAUUUGUAAUAUUUACAAAUAAAAUUAUUAGAGAGCGCGGCUUAUUCUGUUAUCGUGGAGUAAGCCGUGAGGCCAUUUACAAAAAUAAAAUGAAAUAAAAACAAUUUUUUAACAAACGAUUUUCCGAAAAUUUUAAUAUGCAUUAAUCUGCGUUGAAAUACAGAUAAUGCAUAUUUUACUUUGCAUACGAUUUAUUAUAUAAUAUAUUCGAUUUAUUAUAUAAUAUAUUCGAUAAUACUUUUUUCCAAAUGAUGUAUUAAUGAUACAUCGCAGAAAGUUUUAGAUGGUUUUAUCGAAAUUGCUUUAGAUGCAUUUUUACAAAGCAGAAAUCAAUCAAUUUGAUCUUCAAUUAAAGGAGAAAAAAUAAAGGCAAUUAACCCUUCGUGAUCAUGCGAGGUCCACUGGACUCCAAAAAAAAGUUUGAGGCUCUGUAUCUUUAAGUUCUCAUUUCAAAACGGCAUUCGAUUUGUGAUUUACUUGAAGGUUCAAGGUAUCCUUUUUGCGCCUAGACGAAGUAUUGCUCCCAGUGUGUCGGUAUGAGUGUAAUAGCCAUUCGCGUAACAUCGUUUUUGCAUUGGAAUCAUUCUGUCAUCGGUGUAAUCAAAACGUGACUUUUUUUAUUUGAAAGUAUCAUACCUGUAGAGUAUAGCCGUAAGUUUGUAUAAAAAAAAAUUUUAAAAGUUAUGACUUUUUUAAUAAAAAAAAUUUCAAAAAUUUUUUCAAAGAUUUUUUAAAAUAUUUUAAAAAUAAAAUCUUCACACUGUCGCUAUAUUUCUAUGUUCUACAAUGAUUGAACUACGUUUAGAUAAUUUUUUUUUUACUUCAAAGAAAUUGAAACUGUGAACGGCAGUUAAAUGCGCUGGGGUCAUUUUACCCACGGUGUAAUCAUUCUAGAGGUAUGACCACGAAGGGUUAAUAAUACACGCCAACAAUUUUGCAGAUAUUAAUACAGAUAAUUCAUCCCUUCUCAGAUUUAAUUUUACAAAGGAUACGAUCUCUCUAAUUAGAGAUUCUAAUUACUCGCGGGGUAUUAUGAAAAAUUUCAGACGACAAAAAAUUGCCACCGCGCAAGCGACUGAAUCAGUAAUCGAAUUUCGAUUUUUCGCUUGUUGGACAAUUCUUGUUUUGUAACAUUUAAAAAAGGAUAUACAACUUUUGGAAAAUCUUACAAAGAAAAAGAGAGGAGCGUUUUAUAAGACACACAACAUGAACAUCUUUCUCUUCUCUGCUGUACAGCACACACACACACACAUACACGUACACUUUCUAUACCUUAAAAGUAAUAUACAUUCGCAUUAGCGUGCGACGCACGACAACUUCAGUUGUGAAUAGGCCUAUACGUGCUGAAUAUAUUGGCAUUGUUGAAUUUUAUCUUUUUGUUAGAUGCUUAUAUUAUACGUGGACAACGGUCAAAUUUUGAUCGUUACUUAUAAGAUGUUAUUAGUCGUACGCGAUCGUUAUUCCAUCGUUGAACGUUCUCUCCGUAUUAACUUUCUUCGUUGCCGGAGCGAGAAAAUAACGACAAACUCUCAUCGCGCAUUUAGCUAAAUGUAAACUCAUUUCCACAUCACAAUCACAUCGCAAUUGUCGUAUCGGAUAAACAAUAACGCGGUAGUUAAAGAAUAUCCCAUUUGGCGCAAAACGCGUGAUCGAAAGCACGACCCGACGCACACGCGCGAGGACACACUUGUGUCCUUUCCCGUUUCUUUCAAUCGGAUUGCGAAAGUUCGAGCAACGAAUAAUUCCGUACUUGCCAUAAUAAAGGGAAGAAAGUUAGACAAAAGGUACAAGAGGCGAAAGGUAGAAGAGAUGAUGUAUAUAAUAUUUUCAGGGUUGUGCCCGAGUCUUUCGGGUGAGGGAAAGUUCCUUUGCCUCGACGCAGUUAGUUCCGCGAGGGAAACGCGAAAAUCCCUCCGAAAAUUCACGCGCAGAUUAGUGAUCGCGUACAAGUCUCGUCGAUGUCUCGCGGGAAUUUUUUUUACUAAAUUAUGUACACACGUGCCAAAAGUGCGGCUGGAUGUCUCCUCGAUUGAAAACACUCGCGCGACAUUUGGACGAUUGAACAUUUCCAUGUGGUAAGAUAGGUGGUUCAAGGUAAAACGUUUCCCGUUGCGUCAUCGAACGCGACUCAAGAGCGCGAGACCGAUUGCGAAAUUGUCGAGAUUAAUACAUAAACGCAUAAUAGAAUUGGGCAAUUCGAUCACUCCGGAGAUGAUCGUGUGAACGCCCGACAUAGAUUUUUCCUAUUUGUUGUUAGAAAGCACAGAUCGGGCGUGCGAUCGCGAUCGAAGAAUCAAAAUGACCGAGGCCUUCCCUUACCUGUGGAUUCAUCGAUUAAGCCGAAAGGUAAUCACCCUCCGGAUAGCAUUCGAGAGCACAGCUCUAUGGGCGAAACUAGCCGAUAAAACAUUUUUUUUUCAUAUCUCGAUUACAGUUUUCACGAAACAAUUCAGGACCUCAAUAAUUCAACGUUAUUAUUGAGCGUUCUCUGUUUUUUGGGACGAAUACGUGACGAAGAGAAAUCUUUUUUUCUCCCUCUUUUUUUUUUAAAGCUAUGGUCUCGAAGCCUUGGAGUAGUGCGUAAAGGAAGGAUGCGUUCAAUUUUCCAUUGUUCUAGUGAUACAUAAGCUAAUUGAGGUUGAUAUUAAUAAUAACGAUGACGACGAUUAUCAUAAUGAUACUGCUGAUGAUAUUUCCUAGAAAAUCGAAGAGAUAUAUUUUUACUAUAUUAUGUAAAAGGAAAAAAAAAGAAGAGCGAAAUGCACUCGUGUGACGACGCGAGGCUGUCAGGAUCGAACUUGCGACCUGCUUUCCCUUCCCAUUCGAUCUACGCGAGUAGAAGAAGUAUGGCGGGUGGUUUGCCACUUACUUUGUUGCUUCUGCCAGGAAAAUAUAUGGCUUUUCUUGCUUGCGUCACGAAAACUUUCCCGGUGCAGCAAUAUAAGUUGCAUAUAUAUUUCUCUUUUCUUUUAAGUCCACCGUAUCGUUCCUCCCUUUCCCCGCCCGAGCCCUUCUCCCCUUUUUUUUCACGGUAGCCUUUUUUCCCUCCCCCCCCCAACCCCUCCGUUCGAUCUCUAUCGCAUUCUUUCUCGCGUUGCGCAAACGCAAUCUUACUACAUAAUAUUAUUUGGUGAUAUAUUUAUACAAUAAACGAUGAUAGAUUAAAGCACAA